AUGGCUGAUUUUGCAGAUACUAAAAUCGAUGAAUCGAAUUUAGCCUCUGAGAAUGACGAUGAGCUUGAUCCAAGAGUUCAGAUUGAAUUAGAACGAUUAAAUCAUGCGAAUGAAGCAAUCAAUCAUUUAGAAUUACAGCUCGAUGAAGCUCGAAAAACUCUAAAAGAAUUUGCCGAUCUAGCUGAAGAUGAUUUAGUACAAUUGGAGAAAACGAUCGGAUCAGCUGUAAGUAAAGCGCGAAGUUAUUAUGAAGCUCGACUUCAAGUUCGUAAUGUAAAAGAAGCAUUAAUGAAAGCAAAACAUCGAUUUGAACGUGCACAAGCUUUACAUGUUGCUGCAAAAGAAUUAGCUGUGGCUUCAGCUGAUUAUAUUGAUGCAGCAGAAAAAUCAAAUCAAAAUGCAGAAACAUGGAAUGAAACAUAUGGUCAUGCUCUUGCAAAAGCAACUGAUGCUGAACGAGAUAAAUAUGACGCUGAUUUAGAACAGCAGCGUGCUGAACAAGCUUAUUACGAAGUCAACAAAUUAGUUGAAAAGUUACAGAAAAAUUAUCGACGUGCGAUCAAUAAAUCACAACCUUAUUAUGAAAAAAAGGCUGAAUAUCACAAAGAAUUAGACUUUCAAAAACGAAAAGUUUAUGGUCUUGAGAAAUGUGUUAACGAAGCUAAAACACAAUAUCAAGAAUCAUUACGUAACCUUGAAAGAAUCAGUAAUGAAAUCCAUGCACUUCGAAAUCAAGGAAAAUUACCUAGUGAAAUUGAUGACCGAACAGAUGAUGUCGGCGAAGAACAAUUAACUUGUACAGAACUCAAAAAAUCGCCACCAUCACCGGUUAAAACAAGUCCAACGAAUUCACCUAGAAUAAAUUCUUCAAAACGCUUAAACCGCCCUGAACAAUUGCUUCGUUCAUGUUUACUACGCACAGAACAAUUGCCAGCAGGAAUAUUCGCAAAUACAAGUGGUCGAACUUCACCUGAAGGCGACGAAAAAACACCAACAAAUUUUAAUGAUGAAUUUCUUCUUCAUUCGCAAGAACCACCACCGCAAAUUGUUAUCAUCAAUUCAGAUCAACAAUCAAACCAAGUUUUCUCAAAACGACAUCAAAGAAAAACCAGUGAUGGUUAUUCAUCACAAAUAACGGACGAUGAAGAUGAUAGAACGGGAUCUCUUCAUGUUCUAACUGAUGAACAACUCGAACAUUUAGCUUCCGUCUAUCAUCCUCUACCACCAACAAGAUCAUCUGAGACAGACACAAUCGACGAACUUCUUUUACAGUUACAAAACUCGAAAUUACAAGCUAAAACAUUCUUUCGUAAUUUUUUUAAAAAUAAUUCAAUACCAAAAUGA